CGUCCUCAGAGCGCUGUACGCUUUCAAGGGAGGACAUGCGGCGAUAGCAAUGAGGUGCUGUACGUAGGAUAUCUUAUAAACCUUUCGGCUGACUCCUCUAUGAUUCAGCCACAAUAUACUAUAUCACAUAACCACCCAAUUUAAGCUUGAAUCAUGGCAGACGCCAAGCCGCCCUCUGACAGACCUCAGAGGAAGAUGUCCACUACAGGGGACAGUUUAUACAAGGUGCUGGGACUGGAGAAAGGAGCCACAGCAGAGGACAUUAAAAGAGCUUACAGAAAACUGGCUCUGAAAUACCAUCCAGACAAGAAUCCAGAAAAUCCUGAAGCUGCAGAAAAGUUUAAAGAAAUUAAUAAUGCCAACUCAAUCCUCACUGAUGAGACUAAGCGCAAGAUCUACGAUGAGUACGGUUCCAUGGGACUCUACGUGUCGGAGCAGUUUGGAGAAGAGAGUGUCAAAUACUACUUCCUCAUGUCAAAGUGGUGGUUCAAGGCUACAGUCAUGUGCUGUGCGGUAUUCUCCUGUUGCUGCUGCUGUUGCUGCUGCUGUUUCUGCUGUGGAAAGUGCAAACCACCAGAGGAGGAUGAAAACUACCAGUACGUGGACCCAGAAGACCUGGAGGCCCAGAUCAAAGCAGAGCAGGAUGGAGGAGGCGCAGAUGUCCCUAUUUUGAUCCAGCCCAGUUCCACGGCCAACACCUCAGAGUCUAAGCAUUUCGCAGCCAGCCAGCCCGUGUACAACACCCAGAAGUGAGCCACCUGCCUGGCCCUGGUCCCGGUCAUCCUCAAGGGGUCCUGCUGACGGACUGUAAAGGCCCCUAAUGUAGUGUGCUUAUUGCAGGGCAUCACGGCACCAGGACUAAACUGUGCCACUUGCGCCACACCCUGACUCUGACCCACUGGAAACAAGUGGCACUUUGCCAAAAGACAAGGAAGCCUCUGCCAAUCUCACUUUAUCUGUGUCUCCAUUUGUGUGUACAUCUGUCUGUUCGCUCGUCUAUAACCACACGCUCAUUUCAAAGUCAUAUUAGACUGGUGCCAUUGGGCAGCGCUGUAGAAUGGGAAGUGGGUUUUAAUUUUGGGGGUGGUUUUGUUUUUUUCUGGUCCUGGCUAUUUAUUUAUUUCAUUCGAUUUUUUUUUUUCUACUGUGUUCGAAGCAUGGAUAUGAGUGGAAUGAUCAUAUGAGUGCAUGCAAAGCAAUAACAGCAUGCCUCUACUAUACAGCAUAGGAACAUGUGCGCAAAAACCUUCCCACUUCUCUUCAUCCACAUGCAGAGCCAUUAUGUGGCUUUUUUUAUUAUUAGUUUAAGUUUGCAGUCAUCUGUUACAUUUUGCUUUGUUACAUUUCAUUGGAGAUCCAAUCAAUUUUGUGCUGCAUAACGACUCUUCCUAAUGACCGAAGCCAAGGCAGACGCAUGUCAGCUGACAUGCUAUGCUCGGUCGUGCAUUUCUCUAAAAAGAUCGAAACACUUGAAUAUAGGCUAGUAAAAGUAAACAUUUUUUUUUUUCCUAUGCACUUUUUUUUUUCCACAGGAGGCUUCUGAUGCAAAUCCUAAUGUCUUCAGCAAUUACUAGUCAACUGCAAAAGCGCGCUACAUUUAUAAAUGUGAAUUUUUAAUUUGCUUAAAUGGGCUGAAAUGGGAUCUUCCAGACUUUUUGAUGAACGCUAUGCCAAAUCAUCGAGCGAAUCUAUGCUUUCUUCGUGCUCUUAGGAAAAAUAGGCAACUAUUUUUAAUGGUCUUAUUUAUUUGUAUUAUAUCAGAAUCGGGAUUGUGACUUGUUCUGAUUGAAAAGGAUGCACUGUGUAAACUUUGAUUUCAGAAUCUGCAAGAGCCUCAUUUUAGCAAUAAGGAAAUGCCCGUCAUGUUAAAUGUGAAGGACUCAGUCAGGUUACCGUUAGAAAUUCUACAUUAGAGCGAGUAUGUUUUUUAGAUGCCAAAUGUUUCCCCUAUAAGCUGUUGUUCUGAAUGCAAUAGUGUAAAUCUUUUUGUUUCAGUGUGCAAAUAGUAAUGUAUGUCAUAAAUCCAGGUAGUGUAUGGUCAUGUCCGUUCUGGGGGGCAUUUUCUUAUAGCCAAGACGUUUCUCUUUUAUUUUGGAAAGAAAAAUAAUUAUGUCAGAGAAUAGACUUGCCAAAUGAUAAGCAGAUGAAGGCAGAUAUUCAUUAGAAAGCAUUGGGAUAUGAUCUGCUUCCAAACCAACUCUUUCUUCCUUUUCUCAUUUUUAUUUAUCACUGGAUUCGCACUUAAUUUCAGUGGACAAGGCCCAUUUCUGCAAUCAACAUUUAUGUUUUUUUAACAUUUUUGGCAUCUGUUUGGGGUGCAAAUUGAUGAUUUUAAUUCAUUUUUGAGGUUUUGGCCUCUUCGCCAGUGCACAGAUUAAGUUUUACAAUGCUGUGUGUAUGGUAGAAACCUGUUUGAAAGGGCCGAAAAAAGCUGAAUUUGGUCAGAUAUGAGCUAUGAACCACGGCACUACAUCGUUACCUUCCUCCUGUUUUUAUUCAACAUGGUUCGUAAGGCAUCACAUUUC